AUGGCGCCUGUACCAUCCAUUGGGGUCGCUUCUUCGUCAAGCGUAAGUUGCAUCACGGAAAUCUUUCUAAACGAUACACCCAACCAUUUAACGCCAGCAACGAUGGUUAUGUUGCGAGCCUAUCAAAUGUAUCGAGACGCUGACAUAUGCGACUUUACGAUCACAAUAAACGAUUCGGAGGAUGGAAAAUUCGAUGACGUCGUAGUAAGGUACACAUUCGUGCAGCAUUGGCGCAAAGAAGCAUUGUUUAUAGACGCGAAGGAUUGGUACAUACCCGCUUACGAGCAUGAACACGGAACGGAACGUGUUAUUACGAAGGAAACCUUAAUGUCUAACGCAGACGCAGGAGCUAAACAUUCGAUAGCCAAAUAUUUCAUCUCCUUUCUUCACGUCAAGCCCUUAAAUAAUUGGGAAGACGUUGAUAAAUACGUUGUGUGUACUAACUCACGGCUCGAACAUGCAGCUGUAAACUAUUUCAACGAGCUGGUACCUGAAAAUAAUCACAUUCUAUCGUUUACUAACGCUCUGUCCUCGAUAUGCUACCAGCUUAAUCCUAACAAAUUACCUAACGAUUACGAUAAUCAACUAAAAGACGCCUGCUUGAAGGUCCUAGCAGAGCUAAUGGUUUCACACAUUGUCCAUCGCAAAUUGAUCUCGGACGAAACCCCACUGUUUGACGUCAAUCGUGAUUCACGAAUAACUACUCGUUUGGCCGACUUUUACAAGGCGUUCAUCCUGGUGUGCUGCCCGCACGGUGAGAAAUCGUUGCACAAUAAGACGCUGUGGGAGAUAAAACAGCUCAGCAAGACAUCAUCCAACGCGGAACAGGAAACGAUUUUUAAAGAGCUUCAGAAUAAGCUAAUGGAUGCACUGCAGAACAAAAAACCAAUCGGCCCACACUGUGUAGGAGAUGCGAUAAACAUUACGAUGCAUGCCGGGAACAUGCUGAAGUUCGUAACAUGCAAAUACUUGCAAUCACUGAAGGAGCAAUGCUCUAUGUUCAUCAUUAAUCGCGAUCGUCUUAAAAUGACGGGACUAUACACGGAUCUCUUAAGCGGCUAUUCGCGUGACAUUUUGCCCUACCGUGGCAAUGGUGAUGUUGUGCUUAGUAUGGCGACCAUAGCGCAAACACUAGAGCUCGUACCAUCAUGUGAGGCUGUGUUUAUCGAUAGCAUCAACCCAGAGAUCGCUCAACACCUUGAUCAGCUACUGAUGCAACCCUCUGAUGUAUUUCAAUCUUCGCUCAUUGUAAUAGCUAUAGCGGCAAAGCUAGACAAUGCCACGCAACAUCGCCUGGAGAGACUGAUUGCAAACGGCGAUGCAACAUGGAAACAGCGAACCACCGUGAAGAUAAUUGUACUGCAACAAUCAACUAUAGAUCAUCACGGCGAGAUCCUCGUAUCUGACCUCACAAGCGAUUGUCGGCAGGAGUUGUACGAACGGUACGCGACCCUGCAUCUGUUUGGCACACGCACUACGCUCGAUGCAAUGGUUUUGCCGACCGAUAGUUUGGCACACUUAAAGUAUGUACUGGACACUAGCAACGACACCCAAGGGAAGGAAAAUGUCAACAUACACCAACAAAGAUAUGACAAAAUCCAUUCCUGGUACAUUCAUCGUGAAAUUAAUUCAAGAUAUACAUUUAAUUACUGCAAUUUCUGCACCAGUAUAAGUAAACACCUGACCGAAGAAUGCUUCGAGUUGGAUUCUUAUCAGUUUCACGAAUUGAAAAAAUUUCAAAGGUGGAGGAACACCUUUCAUUCUUCACGGCAAAAGGAACACCAUUAUAAUCUAUGGGAAACGGAGGAAAAAAUAACAAAUCUGGAUGAUGUAUCCGGCGCAGGAAAGACGGCAUACUUCACCUGGCUCGCCCGGGAUCUACAAGCGCAAUUUCCAUCGCUGUAUGUGAUGCACUUCAAUGCAGCAGAGCACAGUUCAUCGUUAGAGUGGUUAGCGUUCGACGAUCUUCCAAUUAAGAUCGAUACGGAAGUUAUAAGAAUGCUAUUCCGGCUGUACCGUCUGGCAUGUACCGACCGACACGUGGAUGCCAGGUUGACGCUGGAAGAUAUCCAUGAGGAACGAAGGCUAACCGAUCGCUUAGCGAAACUGAUUACCAUUGCUGACGGGAUGGUGCUGCUGGAUGAGAGCCAGGCGAGCAAGUUAGCCUUAACAUCAAACCAACUGAUUCAGCUACGACUAUUCCAGGAAAAGGUUUACCUUUGGCAGGUAGUCUUCAUGCUAGAUGGAGUAGAUGAAGUGGAAACUAGUCUCAGAACACCGAUGUUACGGUUUGUUGGAGUUUUGGCGGAUAUAGGUGGAGCUCGUAAAAUAUUCGUUUCGACUAUUAAGACAAGGCAUGUUUUCCGAUUCCCAUACGCUUACACAUGUGAACUGAAACCAUUUUACGAGGAUGAUGCGUCACUGCUGCUACAUAAUUUGCUUCUCCAGCAGUUGAAUGGAUAUCGUCACUAUGUCGAGAAGCAAACACAAAACGCGUUGUUACCUUUUCUGUACUACGUCGUUUCCGAUGCAAUGCGACAGGAUCAGAAUAUUCCACUGCUGCUGUACAUGGCGUAUAGUCGCUAUCUACCAGCGAUUAAACGCUGUGUAAACUUCAAGAAACGGCUGGUGCAUGGAAGCAUAAGAACGCACUUGCGAAACAUUGACACUUUUCUAGUGCUCAAGCAAUUCAUCGAUGAACAGCUUGGUACAAAGUCACUACUGCCACCUGGUGUAACUAAUAAGAAGCUGGCAAUACUAAACACGCCGAAACGUCAACUCGCUUUGUUAGCCGUGCACACUGUGCUUGAUAAGCAGUACACCGAUCGUUUGCUCACCGCCGACGAACGAACAAAUGCAAUGAAGCUCGCGAGGGAUUGCAAUGUAGGUAAGCUGAAGGUAGAAUUUUUAACGACGAAUCGUGACGGCACGGCAAGGUUUACCAAUAAACUGUUUGCGGAAUAUUUUGCCGCCUGUUGGUUGUUUGAAAACCGAUCCCGCCUCGGUAGUAAACGUAACGUCAAGUUUGCGUGCAAAAUUAUGGUAACGAGCAAUUCUCCGUUGCGCUGGAUGUUCGAUCGAAUCAGUAUUGAGGGCUGUGCAGGAACGUACGCACAUAGCUUAUUGUGUUGGUGUGUUGCCCAGAGGCAUAAUUCAAUGUCUUACUUCAUCGAAGUGCAAAGAUUAGAUCAUGUCCCAGGCAAAGACGCUACUGGACGAACGAUACUGCAUUGGCUGUCGUCGGUUGCCAAUAGGUCACUCGCAAUGCUGUUCGAAAUAAUACCAACCGAACAAAUCGAUGCAAAAGACGAACUCUUCCACUGGAGUGCUCUGGAUUAUGCGUUUGCUGCCGAGCAAUGGCCCAUCAUGCGCAACUUAAUACAACUCGGUGCAAAAGUCAACAUCGACGUUUGGGUGGACCAGUUACGCUCAUACGAUUUGGUGGAGCUGUUCAAUCGGAUGGCACAACUUGAACACCGGCUAAUGCGGCGCAGAGAUAUUUAUUCAUCAGAGGGCAAAAUCAUCAACGACGGCGUACUCGCCCGGCAUGUACUAAGUGCAGUAAACAGUGGAAUAGUACAACACUUACUUUACGAGAAGAACAUUGACAUUCGCAAACCACUAGCGGAACUGAGCGAUUUGAACGUGUUAGAAUACUGUGCAAAGCGAAAUCUGUUCCGUUUACUUGAACAUUUUAUUUCCUUCGCCGACGCAUCGAACCAACUUCUUGGCGUUAUUGGUCCACGUCUGUACGAGCUGUCAAUCGAACACAAUGCGUACAAUGUAGCGAUAUAUCUUAUGGACCAAUGUGGCUUCCGUUCGAAUAUCAUCACUGAACACGAUCGCAGCAAAUGCAUAUGCGAAUGGGAAUGCAUCUGCCAGUACGAAGCAUCCGACUUUCUGCUCUUUACGAUGGAACUUAAGAACAUGGAAUUGUUCCGACUAUUUUUCAAUAAAUUUUGCGCACAGUGCCAAUACACCUGUACUAAAGAUGAGGAUAUUGUUGAAGAAUCAUUCAGGUCAACUCGCACAAAUUUACGUCAAAUUCCAGACGACGUUAAUCGGCGUUUUAUGCAAACCAUUGCAAUUGUUCUUAGUGAAUCGUUGCACCGAACAAAUUUUGACAUCAUCGACUAUGUCGUGCAGAAAAUCAAACGGGUUUCUAACCGGUUUUUGAGGGACGUAAUUAGAAUGGUAAGCUGUCAAAAAUCUGUACUACCAGCAGCGUCGUCGUCCCUAUUCAACUACCUGCUUGACAGAACAGACGAUCUGCAGGCGGUCAAUGAUGCCGGACAAACUUUACUACACACCGUCGGCGCGACUGGGUGUACCGUCAUGGUGCGCUGUUUGCUCGACAGAGGAUUCGAUCCGCUAAACGCCUGCACGAAGCUGAAACAAAACGUGCUUCACUACGUAGCGAGGGAGGUGGAAGAUCGACACGCAGUCAAAAUGUAUCACCAGCUGCUACCGUACUGCUCGAUCGACCAGUUUAACGUACCGAAUAACAAGGGAUACGAUGUGUGCGAUAUUGCUAUAAUGAAUCGAAAGUACAGAUUGGCGAGAGUGUUGAUCCAUACGCUCGCUAACGGGAGCUCCACGCAAAUCCGAGUAUCUGCAGUGCUUGAUAGCUUCAAGCGAUUGUUGCAAGAAAAUGCAAAAAUACUAGGUUUCCUAAAAUCCUCACUUGAAAACACAUACGAUGAUUGGAAGGAUGUGUAUGCCAUUAUUCACCAUCGAAUGCCCGUUGUAUAAGAAGCGCUUAUUAGGUUGAAAUAGAAAGCCUGAAGCUCUAGUGCUAACCAGUUACUGUACUGAGAAACACAUUGUGUGUUAAAGCUAUUUUGUUAAUUUAUUUUUAACGUUUUAACGAUUCGCUUAUUAAAAGUUACAAU